UCAGCGCGCCGCAUAUUUCCUGGCGAAAUCAGGGACUGAGACAGGUGGUUGUGAAAACGUCACCGGUAAACAUGGAGGAAAAAAUACACACAAUAAUGUUUGCUUUCCCAUUUUCGUCAGAGUUCUGAGUUCCUGAUGUUACCAGGAAGGCACAGAGUUCCCGGGAACAGUCGUCAGAAGGACAGGUGCGAUUUUACCAGCUGCGUUUCCUUGUAACGCCGUCCAGGUGUGAGGUCAGGACACGGAAACGUUACUCAGGGUGCCCCCCAGCACGUAACGUGAACCAUGUACGCGUGUGGCGUGGAGUGGCGAUCAGAGCUGGACCUGUCCGAUAAGAUGCGGUCGCCCAUCUCGACCCCGAUCGAUUCCGACGACAUUUUCCUGCACUCGUUUGAGAUGGCCCUGGAGAGGCAGAACACUUUAAAUGACUCGUCCAGAACUGACCCUGAUGACCUGUACGCUCAGAUCGAGCAGAAGGAAAAGGACCUUGUGUUAGCGGCGGAGCUGGGGAAGGCUCUCUUAGAACAGAACGAGGAACUCAACAGGAAAGUGGAGAAACUUCAGGAGGACUUCAGCGAAAAAGUGGAGCUGUUAGAACAGGAGAAACAUGAACAGAAACAGAAGCUGGACAGACUACAGGGUGAGUACGAGAGUCGGUUGGCGGACAUCGAGAGCGACAUCACGCACUACCAGCUCGCGGCGGAGGAUGCACAGAGCAACCUCAAGGUCGUGGAGCGCGAGAAACUGGACAUGAUCGCCGACCUGUCGGAGCAGAACCAGAGACUAACGGAGCAGCUGGCUAGGUCGUGUGAAUCAGAGAAGCAGCUGUCAGCACAAGUCCAAGGUCUGCGGGAACAGUUUAAGGAGCGAAACUCGUCCAACUCCGACCACAUGUACCAGGUCGACAGUCUCAACGCUGAGGUGAAGGUUUUACGCGAGCGAAACUCGGACCUGGAGAGACGACUGUCGGAGCUGGCGGAGGAGCGAGACGGGCUGGAGUCUACGCUGGACGCGUCUCACGAGCGGAUCAUGUUACUGGAGAGGCAGAAACAGGAGAUGGAACACAAGCUGUGUCAGCAGCAGAGAGACAUGAGCGAGCUGCAGCAAUCCCAGAACCACCUGCAGGCCAGGGUGGACGUGCUGCAGAGCUCCUACGGCUCGGGUUGCCACGGUAACGACCAGUCCCUGUACAGGGAGAUGGGCGACCUUGGGGCCAGCCUCAGCAGCUCCAUGAUGACCUUAGAUACGGUGGACAUGACAUUGGCCACGGGCAUCGGCCAUCAGCGUUUCCAUGACGAUGACAUAGAGGAGGAUUUUGACGGGGACCUGUUCUACUCGGACGACAGGCGCUCAUUGCAGCGCUCCAUGUCACACAGGGAGGAGGAUGAACUGCACAAGGAGCCGCGACUAGAUUAUGUCAUGCUAGAAGCGUCGUACGGCAUCUCUUGUGUCAAACUGUCCCAGCUGCGUAACGAUGUGCUCGAGGCGUACGGACAGCUGCAGGGCCUCUGCAGUGCGCUGCGGGAACGGACAGACGACGACGGGCGCGUCGAGCGGGCGGCGGAAAUCCUGCAGUCGGAGGACGUCCGUAGCGGUGACCUGCUGAAGGUCAUCGAGACCUUGAGACAUUACGUCGACAACCUGUUGGAACGAGAGCGAGCGGCGUUAGAAGAGGUAGAGUUCUUGUUUUGUUUUUGUCAAGGGUUGCCACAGAACAAGAUCGAAGGUCACUUAAAGAAGUCUGUGAACCGAGACUCCAUGGGGCAGCUGCAGACAGAACUUCACGAGGCCACCCUGCAGCUCACACAACUGCAGGAGAACAUGGAGGACAGGGAGGGCGACAUCAGGCACAAGGAACAGGAACUGGACUCCUUAAGAUCUAAGGUGCUUCAGCAGGAGAAGCACAUCUCGGCUUUACGGGAGGAGCGGGAGAUGAUGACUGGAGGAGACGAGGUGUUACUGCAGGCACUUAAAGACAGAGACAGCGCUAUCGAGAAGCAAAACUCGAUGGAGGUUGAACUUGCGAAGGCAAAAAUAGAUGUAAUGAACCUGGACAGCCAGCUGCUAGAGGCCAUCCAGCAGAAAAUCAGCCUCAGUCAGCAGCUCGAGGACUGGCAGGUGGACAUGCACACGCUGCUCAACAAGAAGGUGCGCGCGGAGCUGCAGAGUGAAGAACAGUCGUCCAAAAACAGCAGCAACGGGAACGGCCGCCGCAAGUUCAGCCUCUGGCACUGAUCAAGGAACACUCGCAGGGCCACAGCAGCUCAGCUCUCUGGUUCUCGGAAAAUUUUAUCUACUAGAUGAAAACAAGGCUGGGAGGAACACUAGCAGGGCCACAUUAGCUCAGCUCUCCAGUUCUCAGAUUUUUCCGCAAAAAGAAAUUAGCAAGAGAACAAGAUGAAAACAGAUCGCGAAGGCUAGGAGGACAACUUGUAUCUAACCAUAUCUAAUGAACGGUCGUCGCAAGUUCAGCCUCUGGCACUGAGGAUCACUCGCAGGGCCACAGCAGCUCAGCUUCUCGGAUUUUUCAGCAAAAUAAUAAAAUUAGCAAGAGAACAAGAUGAAAACAGAAGGCUGCAAGGACAACUUGUAUCUAACCGUAUCUAAUGAACGGCCGCCGCAAGUUCAGCCUCUGGCACUGAGGAUCACUCGUAGGGUCACAGCAGCUCAGCUUCUCGGUUCUUAGACUUUUCUGCAAAAAAAAUUCAUCUAGAUGACAAAAGGCACUGAGGAACACUCGCAUGCGCAAACCAGGGAAUUGACCUGGUGUGGCCCAACUGCUGCUACCAAGGACUGCUGUGCUUCAUGUCAAGUGCGUUACGUAAAACACAGGGUGGUAUUUUUCCCUAGAUUCUACAUGUACGUGCCUAAAGAGUUAAGGCAAUGUUUUCCUGGAUCCCUGCAUAGCUUCAGUAGCAGACCUGUACACAGUGGAUUUCAGUAGCAGGCAUAUGAUGUCCUCAUUGAACAAACGAUCAAGUUCAGUAUACAGCACUCGUGUCAGAAUGUACUAGAACAGUAGGUAAAAACUGUACUGCCAGACGUGAAUAAUUGGUUCAGGAGGCCAACAUCUGGUCUGAGCACGUUAAGUACUUAAUAUAAGAUAUAAAAUUGUAUGUUAGAUAUAUGAAAUAAUGUUUCCAUAGAAAGUAUUGCCUAUUCUUCUAUAGUACCCUCUAUGCACAGAUACCAUAACUGUUUGGCCUGGUGUGUGCCCACUGAGCAGGCGUUGUGAAGGCAUUGCCUGGUUUGUGUCGGGAGUCUGGUGUUUUUGUGAGCAUCCAUGGCUUAGCCUACAAUUCUUCACACACACUGUGUUUGUGGCUUGUUGACAAGUUUGAAUCAUUCCUGUUGUGUGCAAUGUUCACCUGUUCUGUGAGUGUUUUCAUUGAUCCGUGGAUCCUUAUUUUAUUUUGUUUUUAAAUGUUUUAAGUUAUUUGAUGUGUAAAAGCGUCAAACCACAAGUGUUUUAGAGUAAGUGUUAGAUGUGAUUUUAGUGUAUAUAGUAAUGUUACCCAAUCAUGUGACUUCUGAAAUUGUUCCAUACUUCUCCUAACAAACAUGUGACCUUGUAGCGUUCACCAAAUUGAAGGUCACAUGCGAACGUCACCUUGAAAAUCAAUUCAUCUCACAGUUAAAAGACCACAGCAAAAUCAACAUGAUGAAUAUCAUAGUAAGGAAAUCUAGCAGGUGUUUAAUGUCAGCUUUUGGUGAUGGGGCUUUUUAGCAUAAAACUUCUUGAGUAACUGUUGGUUAGGGAUUAUUGUAUUGUAAAACUUUUGUUCCCAUACUUAACUACAAGGAAUUAGACUUGAUGUGUUUUUAGCUGUCAAAUUCAUCAGCAAGAACGACCCAUUACUAGGUGUCAUAUGACCCAUUGCUGGAGUCACAUGACCCAUUGCUGGAGUCACAUGACCAUUACUGUUGUGGUCAAGUGACUUCAGAAAUGGAUCAGUAUUUCUGAUGAAGGCUUGAGUGACAGCAAAACAUGUGUCUGAUGCCUUGUAUUGUUGGAACAACAGUUUCAUUUCCUGGGUGUAAUUGAUACUCUUACAGGUUUCUUGGAUGUAAAAAUGCUGGUGAGCUGCGUGAAGCUGAAUUGUUUAUUGCUGUAAGAUAGUCCAGAGAAUGUAAAAUAUUAAAGAUAGAUAUUCUGUGUUAUCACCAGGAAUGCCUGAAGUGUACAGAAAGUAGGAAACAGAUCAGAAAUGUUUCUUUUUUUAAAGGAUGUUCUGAACUAAUGUGGUUUUAUGGAAAUUCAAGGAGGGUUGUUAAGGGGUGUGUGUGUGUAAAGUGACAACAAUGGUCGGGUAAUCUUAUUUUAUAAUCUAUGCAAAGAAACUAAGCAUAUAAUGACAGGGUAAAAUGAUUUAGCUGCCCGGAAAGAAAAAAAAGUGUACCAGCAUGUUCACCCUUUAUCGCCCCUCCUCGGUGUUUCCUUAUUGAAUGUGUAUUUUUAGAAGAAUGAGAAGAAAUGAUGUUGUUCCGCUGGUGCUGCAAAGUUUUAGUAUUUUAGAGUGGGCUGGCAGGAAAUGAUGUAACUCAGCUUCGUGCCUGCGGAAAGUUUUGGGAGUUUGUGGAUUGUUCACAUCCAAACUUUUAAGUAGAAUUCACUAAAAUUAGUUUACAGACCAACUACGCUUGUAACCUCCACCAGAUUUCUCUAGAUACAGAGUCUCUAGAGGUUGAAUAAGCCAUUUCACAGAUUGACUUGUGCAUGUGCAAUGUCAUAGGUGAAGGCCCCUAACAUGUUACCAUAAACAGCUCCUGUCUACAUCGUACUUGGUCAGACGUGUUGUUAUGUCUCAGGGGCUUUCACCUUUGACAUAUUACCCAUAGUGCAUCUCACUGUGCAUGUGCAUUUUAAUCCCUGAACUGGCUUAUUCUUUUAACCAUUCAUUCACCCUGAUGGAAGCCUGGUGAAGGCUACUGGCAGAUUUACCAGUGGCAUAAGAUAGCAUCAAAGCUGGCUAAGGAGUACAGCUGGCCAAACGGAGUCAUCUGCUUAUGCUGGCUUCACUCCUCUGGCAGCUUUUGAUUCUGUCUUAUGCUACAGUAAGAUCUGCUUGCAGAUAGCUACAGAUAGCUGUGCAGUUGUGUUCUUUGUUCCCACAUAAUGCAAGGUGUCCACACAGGACUGUUACAAUGGUGUGAAACAUGUCACAAGUGUGUCACGAGUCUGACAGUUGCUGUGGCAACAUCGCCACAUGAUGUGCUGAUAAAUGAAUCUUCACCUGAA